AUGUUGGACAGACUGGCAAUCAACCUGCUCCUACUGGCCAGCUCGGCCGCCGUCCUCGCCCACCCGGGCGCCGACGUCCGCACCGAGUUCCUCGAGCGCCAGGAGCAUCUCAACAACCCCGCCCGCCGCACCCUGUCCGAGUGCCACGCCCGCCUCGAGGCCAGAGGACAUUAUGCCGCCGAGCUGGAGCGCCGCAUGACCAAGAUCAAUGGCUUGCGCUCCAAGCGAGGAUUGCAGGCCGCCCCGGGCGCCGUGCAGAAGAGGGACGGCGGAGCCAGGGCUGGGUGUGUGCUCGACCCUGAGGUCACCGAGGGGCCGUUUUGGGUCCAGGGCGAGGUCAUCCGGCCCGACAUCCGCGAAGACAGCAACGGCGUGGUGCUGCACCUCGACAUCAACGUCAUUGACGUGACGACCUGCGAGCCCAUCCCAGACGCCUACGUUGAGCUGUGGGGAUGCAACUCUACGGGCGUGUACACUGGCGUUAUUGCCAAAGGCAACGGCGUUGGGCUGGACGCCCCCGAGGAGAUCAACAACUCUGCCCUGCGCGGCGUGCAGCCCACCGAUGCCGAUGGGACCGCCAGCUUUGUGACUAUCGUGCCCGGCCACUACGUCGGUCGGACCAACCACCUCCACACCAUCGUCCACCACGGCGCCACCAGACUCUCCAACGACACCAUCCAGGGCGGCACGGUCUCCCACGUCGGCCAGUUCUACUUUGACGACGUCAGCAUCGAGGCGGUCGAGCUCGAGAGCCCCUACAGCACCAACACGCAGGCCUGGACCCGCAACGCCGACGACUUUUUGCUGCGCCAGGGCCAGGCCGGCGGCGACAACCCCUUCAUCGAGCUGACGCUGCUGGGCGGCAGCAUGGCCGACGGCCUGCACGGCGUCAUCGACGUCGGCGUCGACCCCAGCGCCAAGCAGGAGCCCAAGCCCGUCAACUUUUGGACCGCGGACGGCGGCAAGCCCGUCGAGGGGUCGCCGUGGGCUGGGUAUCCGUGGACCGUGAGGUUGAUGGCCUUGUUGCGGAGGUGGGGGCUGUGA